AUGCACUUUUCCUUCCUGUUACUGGUAUUAGGAACAGUAUUAGCAUAUGUUGAUGACAGUAGUCAUAACACAGUUUCACGAGUAGACACAAAUAAAUAUUCUGUUGCAACCGAAAAGAAAUUCCUUCUCUAUGAUGUGAAUUUCGGAGAAGGAUUCAAUUUGAGAAGAGAUGUCUACAUGAGACUUGCAAAUACAGUAAGAUUACUUCGAGAAUCUGGAGACAAUUGGAUUCUUGUUCUCCCUCCGUGGGGACGUCUUCAUCAUUGGCAACGAAUGGAAGUUGCACUUUCAUGGAGACUUUUCUUCGAUUUGGAGAGUCUGAAUCGAUUUGUUCCGGUUAUUGAAUUUGAAGAUUUUCUUGAUGAAACUGAGAACAAGCCAAUCGAUCAAGUGGUAUAUCUUCAACAUUAUGAAGAAGGAUGGGGCACGGAAUAUGUGAGAAAAUUUGAUGAGAGAAAGUGUCUUCCACCUGCAAACUCACAUUAUAAACAGGAAGGAGACUCUUAUUGGAGAGGAUGGUUUUAUUCAUAUGAAGAUGUACGGGCAACAAAUUUCAAAUGUGUUUCGAUUCAAGGAGAUUCUGGAACAUUGAGGGAUCUUCUGAAGCAAUCCAACUUUUCUGAAAUGAGUUCUGUGAUGAUUGACCGAGCCGAAACUAUCCUUCAUGAGAACUUUGGAGAUGUGAACUAUUGGAAAGCGAGAAGAAGUAUGAGAUAUAGUAAAGAAUUGAUUGAAAUUGCAGACACGUUCAGAGAUAAAUACCUGGAUUCUGACGAUGAGAAUGAUGAUACCGGAAUGACGACAGAUUGGAGAAAAGAAAGAGCAAAAAGAAGUGCAAAAGGUGGACCAUAUAUUGGAAUUCAUUGGAGAAGAAGAGAUUUUCUUUAUGCGAGAAAAGAGCAAUUACCAUCGAUCAAAGGCACUGCUGACAUUCUUGAAAACUUAAGUGAGAAGCUGAAAUUAAAUAAGAUUUAUUUGGCAACAGAUGCACCAGAAGAAGAGAUUAAUGAACUGAAAUAUUACUUGAGAGAAGAAUUGGAAGUGUUCAGAUUCACGGAUUCACAGAAAUUCAAUGAUGGACAGAUAGCAAUUAUUGAUCAGUAUCUCUGUGCUCAUGCCCGUCACUUCAUCGGAAGCCACGAAUCUACGUUUUCCUUUAGAAUACAAGAGGAUCGAGAGAUCAUCGGUUUCCCAAUUUCUUCUACUUUCAAUCGUCUUUGUCCUGAUAACAACUUGGAAUGCGAGCAGCCUUCAAAAUGGAAAAUUGUUUUCUAA